AGUUAGCGCCGGAAGUUAGCGAGGCAGCGCCGGUAGUGCGUCUGCUUCUGAGGAUCUGAGUUUUUUGCGUGCACCGAGAAGGGAGUCUUUGAGCUGCAGAGCGCAGUUACAUUGGGCACACAAACCUGACCGCAGCUCUCGUUUCUUCGUGUGUAAAGAGCGUUCCUGUUAGGACCGGGAAGAGUGUAGCACUAACAAUGGACACCCAGAAAGACGUUCAACCCCCAAAGCAGCAGCCAAUGAUAUAUAUUUGUGGAGAGUGUCACACCGAAAAUGAAAUAAAAUCCAGGGAUCCAAUCAGAUGCAGAGAAUGUGGAUACAGAAUAAUGUACAAAAAAAGGACUAAAAGAUUGGUGGUUUUUGAUGCUCGAUGAAAUGGGAAUUUAGGAGUGUCUUCAUUUGCCCCAUUGAUGUUUUUCUUUAUUGUAUAGUUUUUGACUUAGCUUAAUGAAUACGACUGUAUACCUAUUUCAUUUUAGAAAUGCUAUUGUAUUUUAAUACUUUGUAUAAAGGAAAUUUUGGUUCAACAUAGUUUUUUUGUUCUUGUGAUCUCAAUGACAAAUAAAAUUGUUUUCCCAAACCA